AUGGCCAGUGCGAACGCUGGAAACGAGGAGGGAACCGGACCUGCGGCGGAGUCAAACGAGCACGACUACGCUCACGCUGUGGACGGUACCCUCACCGAACCGGACCCGUCGUUCUGCAGCCCGCUGCAGUCCUCCGCGCCUCCCCCGCAGGACCUGCAGCUUCCAGAACCGACCGUGUGUUCGGAGGUGGAGGUUCUGAUAGAGCCCGAAGACCCGACUCCGGGCGCGGUGUCACCGCUCCGGGGCUCGCGGCGCCCCCGGGCCCCCGCCAAGAGGCCGGAGGACUGGAGCUGCACGUGCUGCCGGCUGCUGUUCCAGCGGCAGGGCCGCUCCUUCAACCGCAGGGCGGUGUACACCUUCACCACCCCGGACACCGUGCGCUGGCUCUUCCCGAGCUCUGACGUGAACGAGAAGUCGUUCCUGUGUGAGACCUGCGCCCAGGUGGUCCGAUCCAAAGGGAAGCGCAAGCUGUGCGGGAAGAGGUCCAUGUGGCUGAAGCCCCCGACCCCGAAAAAGGUGCAGGAGAAGUUGACGCAGAGGAUGGGGAAGAAGAGCAAAGCGGCGCUGCUCGUCAGCAAGUCCAGUUAUAAAGCUGCUUUCCAAACGCUCUGGUCGUCCAAAGGCGCCCGGAAGCCCAUGAUGGAGUUCUGGAGCAAACAGCUGAAGAACGAGAUGAAGGCGCUGUCGCGGCAGCCGGAUAAUCCUUUCCAUCAGAAGGUGUCGGGCAGGAAGCCGCUGACCUACUUCCCCUGGAGGCAAUGUCUGAACUGGGCCCAGGAGAAAGCUCCGCUCGUCGUCACCUGCCUGCGCUCCAUGUUCCCCGACAUCAACGCCCUCUACAAGAGCAGCCACCAGCUGUCGGAGGAGCAGGCCGUCAUGCUGCUGGAGCGCCGCACCGUGGUGGCGCUCUCCAUCCCGCUCUUCACCAGAAACAUCUGGAGGAACAACUUCUUGCAGGCUGCUCUGGGGGCGGAGCUACGGCAGCAGGGCUGCUCUGGCUCCGCCCUCGACACGCUGAACACCAUGGGUCUGUGUCAGAACAAAGACACGGUCCGGCUGCUGCUGCAGCGGCUGCGCAACGGCACAGACGACGGAGAGCUCAUGAUCAAACAGGACCAGAUGGGAGAAGUAAUAACAGAUGAGGAGGAAGAAGAGGAGGAUGAGGAGGAAGAAAUUAGUGCAUUAAAGGAGGAAGAUGAUGAGGAGGAAGAAAUUUUGCUGGGAGUGGACGAAGAGGAAAUGGAGCAGGAAGAAGUGCAAGACAGGCUUCAGGAUGAAGAAGAUCCGGCUCUGAUGGAGAAAGAAGAGAAGAAGAGGAGGAAGAAGAAGGCUAAAAAGCAGCGGAAGCAGGAAAAGAGGAAGGCGAGGGGGAAGCGGAGGAAGAUGGAGGAGGAGGAAGAGGAGGAGGAUGACGAUGAAGACGAGUCGGAGCAGAAGAAGAAGGUGGUGGUGGUCCGGCUCGGGCUGCUGAAGGGAACCUCAGAGGUGGGUCGAUCUGACCUAUCAGCUCCUUAA